AUGAUUAGAGGAGACUCAGAUGAGUUCAAAUAAAUUGCAACUAGUUAAAUACUGAUAUGCAAAUCAAGUAAAGAGAUUCAAGAUGGAUCAACUUCAAGAAGAGAUCAUUUAUUCUAAAAAUUACCUUCUUUAGAUUGUACUCAACCAAAUAAAAUUUGGUAAAUAAAAAAAGGAGGUUCUGCAAAAUGUAUUAUUGACUCUGAAAGAUUGUCAACUGCUUAAAAACCACUUACUCCAUAGUAAUAAAAGAAACAAAAAAAUUAAGUAAUCCAAAUUGAAGAGAACAAUUAGUUUGAUCUUGGUUCAAGUCUUCAUUUUUAAAGAUUAUUUACUAUAAAGAAUAAAGUUAAAUCUUCUAAUGGAUGUGCUAAAACAUCAAGAGAAGAAAAUUCUAGUAUGGUCAAUAGUAAUAUGAUUCUUAAAAAGUCUUAACAUCACCUUACUUAAUAAGUUUAACAAUUAUCUUAAACAUAAUCUUAAAUACAAUCAUAAUAGUGUCCAUUCUCAUCAGGAAAAUCUAUUAAAGAUAUUUUAUCAUAACUUAAAGACAAAAAGUAUAGUUCUUUGAUUUAAUUUAGGCCUAAAACUGGGAUUACAAGACAUAGUGAAUUUGAGAAAAUGGAAGGAUUGGAUGAUUAUGCAAAAGAAUUUGGAUAAAUCUUGGCUUAAGAUUAAUUAGUUGGAAAUGUAAUUGGAGAUGUUCAUGAAAUGAAAGGAGUUGUUAAAGCAUUAAUUGAUUUAAGUAAUGGAAAUAAAUUACCAUAUCAUUUUGAAAGUCUUAAAUAAUUACACUUGAAUCUAAAUAUAACUGAUGAGAUGUUUAAUCGAUUUAAAUAUCUCUAUAUAAAAAAACUUAUAGAUAUGAAAAUUGGGAUGGAAGUAAUAUUUAAAUGUGCAUAAACAGUUGAAUAUUACAGAGGAGCUAUUAUAUGCAAUGUAUCCAUUCUAAUUAUUGUAAUAGUCUCGCUCUGUUCAAAAUGUUAAAGAUAGUAUUAGAACAAUUGCCAAAAAUAUGUAUGCUUAAAUAUUUGAAGAUUUUUCAUUGAGUCCAUUGUUUAAAGGAACUAAAUAAGAAGAACAAGCAAUUAAAUUUAGUAGAAUCUUUGGGUUCAUUUUAGGAUCUUCAGAAUCUACAAAUUAUGUAAUGGAUUCUAUGAGAGACUUUCACAAAGCUUUUCGAAUUAAUUCUGUUUAAUAUUCAGUUUUCAAGUACUAUUUAUCAGGUGCUUUAUCAAAACACACUGAAAAAGAAGUUGUAUGGUAUAUAUUAGAAUAAACUGAUGCUUAUAAAGCAGCUGUUAUUGAUUAAGAUAGUAUUAAAGAUUUAGUUUAUAAAUAAUUUGGAAUAGACAAUUUUUGUAGUGAAUUCAUUAAAUUAUGUUAAAUAGAUCCUUAUAUUAAUAAGAAUUUUAUACAUAAAGUUGGAUAUGAUCAAUUUGUUUAGCAUACUAAAUAUUUCUUACAUUAUGCAUUUAAUAAAUAAAAUAACUGUUUUACUCUUGAAGAUUUAAGUUAAUUACAUUGUUAACAUUAAAUCAAUAUAUAAUUAUAUUAAAGUAUUAAAGAUAAAUUAUUAAACUUAUUGGUUAGACUAAAUCCUUAAAGAGUUAUAUUUUAAGAUUUUGAAGAAGAAUUUGAUAUCAUAUUACCUUAUAUAAUCAAUUAAAGAUUACCUUGUGAUAUUGUUGGAUAAAAGAGAUUAUGUGAAUUAGUUCCUUUGAUUUCUGAUGAAUUAUAAUCUAAUGUUGAAAUUAAAAAUGUAUUUGAUAGCAAUGAUGCAAACAUAGCAAAAACUAUACUUAAAAAAUUUGAAUAUUUACUUUCUGGUAGAAAAUAUUUUAAAAGAUCAGAUAUUUAAGCUAUACACUCUAGACUUAAAAUUAGUGAGGCUGUAUUUGAAGAAUUUAUUUAUAUUAUCGAAAAAGUUAUUUAAUAAUAUGAUAAUUCACUUUUAUGGAUGAUUGAAGCCAUAAAAGAAUGGAAAUAUAUCAUAAUAACUGUCUGA